AUGGGGUGGGGCGACCUGGGCGUGAACGGAGAACCUUCCAGAGAGACCCCAAAUUUGGACCGGAUGGCCACAGAGGGGACGCUUUUCCCAAACUUCUACUCAGCCAACCCGCUGUGCUCGCCAUCCAGGGCGGCUCUGCUCACCGGACGCCUGCCCAUCCGCAACGGCUUCUACACCACCAACGGGAGGGCCAGAAACGCCUACACGCCCCAGGAGAUCGUGGGCGGCAUCCCGGACGACGAGCUCCUCCUGCCCGAGCUGCUGAAGGGGGCCGGCUACGUCAGCAAGAUUGUGGGCAAGUGGCAUCUGGGCCACAGGCCUCAGUUCCACCCCCUGAAGCACGGAUUCGACGAAUGGUUUGGAUCCCCCAACUGUCACUUUGGACCUUAUGACAACAGGGCCAGGCCCAACAUCCCUGUGUACAGGGACUGGGAGAUGGUCGGCAGAUACUAUGAGGAGUUUCCAAUUGACGUGAAGACCGGAGAAGCCAACCUCACCCAGGUGUAUUUGCAGGAAGCCCUGGAUUUCAUCAAGAGGCAGCAGGCAGCUCAACGCCCCUUCUUUCUCUACUGGGCCAUCGACGCCACUCAUGCGCCUGUUUACGCUUCUAGGCCUUUCUUGGGCACCAGCCAGAGAGGGCGCACCGGGGACACGAUGGGGCCGGGAGGAUGGGGGGGGGGGCGGGCCGUGGCAAAGAGACGCCACCUGAAGGCGAGCGCCCAGCAGGCCGUGUGCCACCCUGGGGACCGGGGUGGCGUCUGACGGGCGACCCCCGUCUCCCUAGGUGGUAGCAACGGCCCUUUCCUGUGUGGGAAGCAGACCACGUUUGAAGGUGGGGUGAGGGAGCCUGCGAUCGCUUGGUGGCCCAGGCGGAUCCCUGCCGGCCAGGUGAGCCACCAGCUGGGCAGCGUCAUGGACCUCUUCACCACUGGCCUGUCCCUCGCAGGCUUGGCACCGCCCAGCGACAGGGCGAUCGACGGCCUGGACCUCCUCCCUGCCGUGCUGCGGGGCCGGCUGACAGACAGGCCGAUAUUCUAUUACCGUGGCGACACGCUGAUGGCGGUCACCCUCGGCCAGUACAAGGCCCACUUCUGGACCUGGACCAAUUCCUGGGAGGAGUUCAGACAGGGCGUUGAUUUCUGCCCCGGGCAGAACGUGUCAGGAGUCACCACCCACACGCAGGAGGAGCACACGAAGCUGCCCCUGAUUUUCCACCUGGGACGAGACCCGGGGGAGAGGUACCCCCUCAGCUUUGCCAGCACGGAGUACCUGGAUGCACUUCGCGGGAUCACCCCGGUUGUCCAGCAGCACCAGAAGGCCUUGGUCCCCGGACAGCCUCAGCUCAACGUGUGCAACCAGGCGGUCAUGAAUUGGGCGCCCCCAGGCUGUGAAAAGUUAGGGAAGUGCCUGACACCCCCGGAGUCCAUCCCGGAGAAGUGCUUCUGGCCCCACUAGCACCUGCUCGUGUUCCAGCCAGGCCUGGGCUCUCCUACUGGCCCUGCAAAUGCCUGCGGGGAGGAAGGCUCUGGCCUCAGGGCUCCUGAGCUGGAAGAGCCCCAACUGUUCUCUGCCCUGCCUGCGCCAGACAGACAUUACCUACAGGUGACAGCAGGACCUGCACGUGCCCGCGGUCUCCCGGCCCUCCUCCUGGCCCACCCCAACUUGCCACGGCAGCCCACAGCCUCAGCCCAGCCCCAAAGCUGAAUGCACUUGCUCAGGGCCCUGCCUCCAUCCCGGGAUCCAGAGGCGGAGCUGUCCCCUCCCACGUGUGAGUCCCACUGUCAAAGUUGGCCAUGCCAAUCCUGCUGGAGCCCUUGGCACCAUCCUACUAGGAGGGAGUUGUGAAUGUGGAAGGGGGUUUGGCAGCAGCCAAGGAAGGCCUCCCUGGUCCGGUGAGGACAGAGGGAUGCUAGCACCUUCGUCUUAACACCUACCUUAGGGAUGCUGUCCUGGUGCCCUGCAUGGCAAGCGGGUGCCUCCCUUCCAGCCGCCCGUUACCUGGUGUGGCACGGUGCGGAGAGACAGCGAGCGGGUGUGGACGCCAACCUUACCCGCCCCGAAGGCGUGUGGAGCCGCCUUCUAGUGGGGUUUUCACGUCUCUGCCGUUGUGAUGCCAGAGCUGUACCGUUCUAAGACUUGGGAAAUGAUGGUGAAAAGUUCUAGAAUAAAGUUAACAGGCCUUUUUCCUU